UUUAAACCCGAAAAGUUUUUUUUUUUUGCACCCUAAAUGUUGUUUAAUGAAUGCUGAAAAGUUUGUUUUUAAAUUAGACCUUUUAUUUGUUUUUCAUUGUUUUGAGAAUGACUGGGGAAAUAACAAGCACACACAGGUUUGCUAGCAACAAAAGUUUGGAUCUCCAAAUGAUGGUACACAGUCAAGAGGUUCAGAACCUUCUGGGACCUCUUUCACUACUCUGCCACAUCAAUGGUGACAGGAUGACAGACAGGUUUAAGGUCAGAUCAGAGUCUUCAGCUUAUAAGAAGGAUAAACGCAUUCCAACCUCUUUGACUCAGUUGUGCGAACAGCUGGAGGAGAGAAUCAUCCAGAUAUCACAACAUUACUCCAUCUGCCAUGAAGACAGAGAGUCUCUGACUGCAGUGUUGACCUCUGAGCUGGGUCUGAUCUGGCAGAACCUGAAAACCCCAUCUGUGGACACCACACUGUCCCAGGAAGAGAAAGUGCAGCUGAACUGCCAGACCUUCAGUGAAGUGCUGCACAUCUGUGAGCAGCUGUUUCUUCACUACCUGCAGGUGACGAAAACUCUACAGAGGCGAGGUGUUUUCAGUGACUGUGCUAAUCGCAGAAGGGUGGCAGCUCAGCUCGCUGUGGACUGUACCAGACUCUUGAAUGUUCGAUCCGUAAGAUGCAGGAUUGUCACAGGAAUCAAGGCUGCACGGAAGGCCAGAACAAGUGCUGUUACACAGAAGAAGACACUACAAACAUGCUCUGAUAGCAUGGAGAGGUCCAUGAUGGGCACACCAUGGGAAAAAGCUGUGGAGGAUGACCUCAAGGAGAUUCAGGAGAAAAUCGGGGAGCUGGAUCUGCAACAUGUGUAUGAUCUCCUGCCCUGCCACAUGAAGCCAAUCUUCUAUAAGACAGACACACGGUGUUCCACAGCCCGCAUGGCCAGUAUACCGACACAAGAGCAGGAUCAGAGUUCCAGUCAAAACCGGUUGUUCAGAAUGAAGGGAUGUCAUUCCAUGCCUGACCUACAGAGGGAGACACUGCUGGAGGAGCUGGAGAUAAAGCUGCCGAAUCGGCCUCCAUCCCCAUUGGCCCUACUGUCCACAGAUCCUCCCUCCACCUUGGAGAAACACAUCAGUCCUGGGGAGGAUCUGAGGAGAUUAUUAAAAGAAAGCGAUUACAAGGAUGACAGUGUUUGUGAGACAGAUCUGUGCCCACUUAUAGAAGCCAGGAUCUGUUAUAAUUCUAGCAGACUCCAAAGGCUCAAACAAAGACUACAGAAAAUGGAGGAAGAAGAGGAAACAAAGCACAAAGUUCUUGUGGAGAAACCUUCACACACACAAGGAGACGUGGCCAUAGUGGCGGUUUCACCUCACACCAUUGUGCGCACAGCAGCAGCCAGAGCGUCCGAUAGGGUUCUCCCAGAGACCAUCAAACUGUACCCACCAGUCUACAAUGACCUCAAUAAAGAGAUCGAUUCAGCAUCGGUUACUCAGAUGGAUCGGAACUUGGUUGGAGAAAAUAUAGAAAUAAGCAAAGUCUAUGACGAGUUAUCCAAAAGUAUUUCAACAAAGUAUUUCAACUUUGAUGAGGACCCCAGGAUUGAGCCUGCUCUGACCAAUGCCACAUGCUGCUCAAAAAGAGUAAUGGAUGGCGAAUCAAUCAACCCAUCACUCAGGAAGCCCAGCCCAUACAGCAUAUCCCACAGAGAGAGAAUAAAGAGGUCUGAGAACAGAAAGAGGCCUGUGGAUGCGACUGCACGAGCGUACAGAGCUUGGUUUCAGUGGUGGAGGUGUCAACUAUCACUGGAUGAUUAUCUUAACUACAUUUCCAACCAGGACUCUGAUUAUCUGUCAGUGCUGUUUCACCUGUAUGACAGUGAUGAUGAAGAGGAUGAAGAGGCAGAGAGACACAAGCUGGCUCAGCUGCAGAGAGACAAGAGGAGAAGGAGGCAGCAGGAAAGGAUCAGUUUACUCAGGAGACGGAAACAGGAAUUUGUUCCUGGAUUCUGGAACAUCAACACCAUAAAUAUGGGAGGACUGGGGAGGGAACCAGAACUGGAUGGCAUACAUCCAGAAGAGGAAAUACAAGAUGCAUCUGUGGGAGGAGAGGAAGAUGAAGGUCCAGCUGCUGGUCUGCUGGAUGGAGAACAGAUGCAGGUCAGGCUGGAAAGGGUCUGGAACGCCCUGCGUCUGCCAGAAGGUCAGCGACUAGACAUGGCCAUCAAAUACAGCUCCCAUGAGUACAGGGACCAUCUGCAGGAGGCAAUUGCUGCAUGGGAGGCGGCUGCUCGUUUGAUCCAGAAGAGGGAGCUCUUGCUCUCCAGGUUGGAGGACUUUGAGAGGGAGGCAUCAGACCCCAACAGAUUUUUCCAGCGAGGUUAUCAUGGUUCAUCUAUCGCUAGAAUGGAGGAGGCAAGUCAAAGGGAGAAUCUCAACUCUCAGAUUUCAGUUGUAGACCAAGAACUGUCCAAGACUAUAGGGCACAUCACAACCCGUUUCAAUGACAGCAUCAGCUAUGAGGGCCGGCCGUACAGGGAGAAGAUGCGCUGGGACCGGACUGAGAUGCUGUACUGGCUGCAGCAGGAGAGAAGGGUCCAUUCACUGGAGAUGUUUGUAGAGGGACGGACGGCUCUCCCUAUUAGGCUUCCUCCUCUAAACCAAUGCCAGGAGCUUCACUCAGGCAGCCAUCAAACUCUCCACGAACAACCUCCAUCAGACUGCGAGAGAAAUGGACAAUUUUUGCAACACUGUGAAUUUUAAAAAUAUAUAUAUACUCAUGUAAGCCAAAUACUGGCAAAUAAAGCAAGAUCUGUUCGUUUUUA